CACUGAUGGGUUUUAGAGGCGCAACAUGAACCCCUUGUUGUCCCUGUAUGGGCUGCUCGUCAGCCUUAUCCAAACUCGAUUUCCAUUGCUUCGCUCAGCCCGUUUUUCGCCACUAGAAAGCCGAAAAAGACACUGCCACACCACGGGGGCUUUAUUUUCCAAACACAUUCUACCAUUCUCAUACACUCAUAUGUCUGUUUCAUAUGUUUCGACCUUAGAAAGCACAGCUUUACUGCCUGAUUCUAAGCCCAGCCCCCAAUACCAGCACCCCACUUGUGGUAUCAGUCAUCUGCCAAAACCAUUCUACCUUUGAUCAUCAUUCAAACUAUGCUCUAAUCUUCGUACCAAACCCCAGGCAUGAGUCACUCGUUGGUAUGUAAGUAUACUUUGGAUUGGCAUGGCCUCUGUCGCUCAUUGUUGGUCAAUGGUGGUAGACGCCCAGGGUCUGCCUGGAGCACUGCCAUUUGAACGUACUGCCAAUAUGUUCCAUGUCACACAUAC